CGCUAGGUUUGAAGCGCCAAGCGCUAACUUGCAGGAAGUUAGCGUAAACAAGAGUGACAAACAUUCCCAAGAGAUAAAUAUUCCUUAUCGCGUGAUCCCUGGCUGUGGACUGUGUGUUGGCCCUAUAUGAAAGGGAAGUUGAGUUAUAGGAAUGCGACCUGCCAAAUUGUUUAAGAACCAGGUACCCAUUCACUGUUGAGUGAAUAGAGGCUACAGUUAAGGAUUGGCUCCCAGUCAAUCCUCCCUGGCAAGAAUACGAACCCAGCCCAAAGCGCUCACAAAGCGCCGGGUCUUGGUUCAUCACAGCUGUCAUGAGUGCGACAAAGACGGAUGAAAAAUCAAAAACAGAGAAUCUUAAAAAAGAAAAAGAUAAGACAGAAAAAGAUAAGAAAGAAAAAGAAGAUGCAACAAAAGCCGAGAAAAAAAAGCAACCAACUAAAGUUCAGCUAGAGAAAUGGACCUCUUCUAUAAAUUCUUUAUUAGUGGAUCCUAAUGGUGUGGCAGCAUUUCGAAAUUUUUUGGUGGAAUUAGAAGCAAACGGAGAAGAGGGAGAAUAUACAAAAUAUAUUGACUUCUAUGUUAGGUGUGAGAAGUACAAAGUUAAAUUUAAAGAACUGGAAGACGAAGCAAAAGAAAUUUUUGAGGAAUUUCUUGCGGAUGCUGCUCACCAGCUAAUUCUUUUACAGAUUGGAGCAGAUAAGGAAGUUGCAACUGGUGGUAAGAGUGUAGAAAUUGGGGACAAGUUAGAAGAUGAAGGUCUGGAAGGUGUGACACUUUUUGAUGAACCUAUGUUGAAGGUCAAACAGAAGCUUGCUGAUAAACUGUAUGGAAAUUUCUGUAUAGAUCUUAAAAACAAACUGAAGUUAUAACAGCUUUUGAAUCAUGAAUCAUGACUGGUUUAUGAUGGUAAUUUUGUACACAAAUACUGGGGCUAGAGCUUUCACAAAAGUUUGUUGCAUUAGGUGUAGUUACCUAUUUGUAGAUAAAUAGAGCUAUGCUCAUUGUGUCCCAUUUCUCAGAGUUUAUUCAACCCAUCUGCCAAUACCUAGGGUAUUGGCAGAUGGGUUGAAAUAAUACCACCACCAAAUACCACCAGGUAUUUGUUUGUGUGUAUAAUAUCUCAUCUGUCUUCUGUUCAACAUGAGCCCAUCCAAAAUCUUCAGUCUUUCCUUGUAGCUCUGGAAUCUAUUUUAUUGCAUGUCUUUGUACUUUAUAUACAUAUAUAUAUAUAUAUAUAUAU